AUGUCUCUGAAUAAAUUACCAUCGUGUGAAACACAAGUUUGGCGUGGUAUUAAUAAAGAUAUUACACAAGGUAACUCCAAUCAAUUCGAAAAAGGAAAAAUAUUAACAUUAUGGCGCAUCACAUCUUGCACUAUGAAUAUUAAAAUAGCCAAAGAUUUCAUGCAUGAAAAGGGGCAAAGUACUUUAUUAAUGAUAAAUUGCAAGAAUGGCAAACGUAUACAUAACCAUUCAAGUUAUUCCAGUGAAGAAGAGUUAAUUUUGUUACCUGGUACACGAUUGAAAGUUGUCGGAGAUCCAUUUGAACUAAACGGUCUCCACGUAAUCCAUUUAGAUGAAAUGACAAGAUAUGAAGAAGUGACAAAAUUACCGACCAUCGCUGGCAGUAAAAUCAGUCCACGGAAACUUACGAGCAACAUAUCGCACGACUACGUAUCCCAUUUUCCUACUAAGCCAAGAACACCAAAACUCACUUCUUCACAUGCAGAUGAUAAUUUAUCUACAAACUUUCUGCCACCAAUCAAUCGAAGCUCACUCAUCGGUUUACAUUCGAAUGCGGCUGUUCUGAAAAUGUCGACAGGUUCCAAGUCAACAACAAAGUUCCCUAAUGGAGAUAUAUAUUACGGACAUACAAUGAACGGCAAGAAGCAAGGCGAAGGCACAUAUAAGUGGGCGAAUGGUAGUGAAUACACCGGUCAAUGGAACGUGAACAAAUUCCACGGACAAGGGACUCGAAUAUGGGCAUCUGGCGAUAAGUAUAUUGGUCAAUGGGUCGAUGACAACAAACAUGGCCGUGGAACGUACAUUUGGUCGAACGGAAAUCAGUAUGAAGGUGAUUGGAAAGAUGACAUGCAGACAGGAAAAGGUGUUUAUAAGUCGAAAGAUGGGUAUCAGUACGCCGGAGAAUAUGUAGAUGGGCAAAGACAUGGUAAGGGUACCUAUACUUGGGCUGAUGGUUCUACUUAUAAUGGAUACUGGAAGAACGGUAACAUGGAAGGAAGAGGCAUUCGCAUCGACUCUAACGGAAAUGUGUACAAUGGACAAUGGGUGAACGAUAAAAAGCAUGGUACAGGUACUUUUACAUGGACUUCUGGUGACAAAUACGAAGGACAAUAUCAGAAUAAUAUGAAACAUGGUCGUGGUAACUUCACGUGGUCGAACGGAGAUAAAUACAAUGGGGAAUGGAAAGAGGACCAGAGAACGGGAAAAGGUACUUUCAUUUGGGCUGAUGGGUCGACAUAUGUUGGAGAUUUCGUAUCUGGUGAACGAACUGGAACCGGGGUACAAACAUGGACGUCAGGAAACAAAUAUGAGGGUCAAUAUCGAAAUGGUAAACUGCAAGGUUUCGGUAAAUAUACUUGGGCUGAUGGAACAACACAAGAGGGCCAGUGGCAAAAUGGAAAGCAAUGCUAA